UUAACCCACUGAGCAAGGCCAGGGGUUGAACCCGUGUCCUCAUGGAUGCUAGUUGGGUUCAUUAACCACAGAGCCACGACAGGAACUCCAGAAACUCUGAUUUGUGAGUUGUGACCCUUCUCAAGCUCACAGAAUCAGUCCCAGUUCUCAAUCCUUUCAUGCUCUUUUCUGUGAAGCAGAGCUGAGAAGGCAGUUUUCUUAGGAAGGACUACAACUCCCAGAGUGCCCCUGUGCGGUUGUCAGGAGCAACCAAGGAAUGCAGACUAACAGACCUGCUGGAGUCAGGACUAUCCACCCACUGACACCCAGCCAGCUAUGGGCCAGGAUUAUUACGCUGUGCUCCAGAUCACUCGCAAUUCAGAGGAUGCCCAGAUCAAGAACGCGUACCGGAAACUUGCUCUCAAGAACCACCCAUUGAGGUCCAUCGAGCCAUCCUCGGCAGAGACCUUCAGGCAGAUCGCAGAGGCCUACGAUGUGCUGAGCGACCCUGUGAAAAGAGGCAUUUAUGACAAGUUCGGAGAGGAGGGCCUGAAGGGCGGGAUUCCCCUGGAGUUUGGAUCGCAGACCCCAUGGACGACUGGUUACGUCUUCCACGGCAACCCUGAAAAGGUUUUCCACGAGUUCUUCGGCGGAGACAACCCCUUUAAUGAGUUUUUUGAUGCAGAAGGAAAUGAGGUGGAUCUUAACUUUGGGGGGCUCCGGGGCCGCGGGGUCAAGAAACAGGACCCCCCCAUCGAGCGAGACCUCUACUUGUCUCUGGAGGACUUGUUCUUCGGCUGCACCAAGAAAAUUAAGAUCUCCCGAAGGGUGCUGAACGAGGACGGGUUCUCCUCUACCAUCAAGGACAAGAUCCUCACCAUUGACGUGAAGCCUGGGUGGAGGCAGGGCACCCGAAUCACCUUUGAGAAGGAAGGGGACCAGGGUCCCAACAUCAUCCCCGCCGACAUCAUCUUCAUCGUCAAGGAGAAACUACACCCUCGCUUCCGCAGGGAGAAUGACGACCUGUUUUUCGUGAACGCCAUCCCCUUGGGCAAGCCCCAAGUACUUCAAGAAGGUGCCGGGGGAAGGGAUGCCGUUGCCAGAGGAGCCCGCCAGGAAGGGGGACCUCUUCAUCUUCUUCGACAUCCAGUUCCCCACCCGCCUCACACCCCAGAAGAAGCAGAUGCUGCGCCAGGCGCUGCUGACGUAACUCUGGUGGGCUGGGGCUGGAGCGGGGGGACGAGGCGGCGGCUGGGCCUGACCGCGCCCCUGCGCCCCCAGCCCCAGGGUGUCCCACUGCACGGGCCUGAGGUGAGGAUGGAAUGGCAUGGAACCUUUGAACUGACACAAUAAAGUUCUCUUUCCUGUCCUCCAGCUCUACCCAGGAGAGCGUGUGCUGGACGGAGAGGGGCCUCACACAGCCCUGACUGUGGGGCAGAGGGGGGCCGGGGCCCACGAAGCUGAAGACCUGGGCCCCUGCCCUGGCUGUGGGCACCUGGCCAGGCCCCCGAGGGCUCAGAGCCCCUGUGCUCCCAUCCCGAUAGUGGGGCCAUGCUGCAUGGCCUCUGCGUGUCACCAGCUCUGCUUCUCCUGACACACGACGUCAGGCUCUGGUGUGACGUAGUCACGUUGUACUCAGGAACACAGAAGGACAAAGAGAACGGGGUACUUUUCCCAGGCCACAUGGGACUCAGUGGCAAAGCUGUCAGCAGAGCCUUGAAGGCCACGUCCCACCACCUCACGCGCUGCGCUGCGAGGCAGCGCCCAGGACUCAAGCCUGGGAACGGCUUCCGUCCCUGCCGUGCGGCCUCCGCUGCCUUGGCUGUGCGCUAGGUCCUGCGCUGCCUCCAGACAGGGUCCUGGGAGACUGGGCUCUGCCCUCAGCCCUGCCCUGACUCCUCAGAAGGUACCUGUCUUGUUAGUAAGGUGGCACCUAUAACCCUCCCCGAGCUUCCUGCCGAUGAGAGUGCUUGGCGAGCUCUCUGCCUCGUCACCGGCGUGGCCCGCGGGGCGCCAGACUCCGGGCUGGGCAGGCGGCCUGCAGCCCCUCUGCGCCAGGAGGGCCCCCCACCCCGGAGCCUGGGUCUGGGCUGCGAGACCAAGCUUAUGACAUCGGGGGGCCACUUUUGAGGAGUGACUUCAGAGGUGCCAGAAGAGGGCCCCACAGGAUCCACAGUGCUUGGAUUCUACCACUCAAAGCGUCGUCAUCUUGGCUUAAGGGGCUUUUCUCAAAUGAGGGCUCAGUAUCAGCCCUUGAGCAGACCUGCAAUGUGGGGCUGGGGACAGUGUGAGCUCCCGGAGUUCCCGUCGUGGCUCGGCGGAAAUGAAUCUGCCUGCAUCCACGAGGACACAGGUUCCAUCCCUGGCCUUGCUCAGUGAGUUAAGGAUCCAGCAUUGCCGUGAGCUGUGGUGUAGGUCACAAAUGUGGCUUGGAUCCCGAGUUGCUGUGGCUGUGGUGUAGGCUGGCAGCUGUAGCUCCGAUUAACCCCCAGCCUGGGAACCUCCAUGUGCCGCCAGUGCGGCCCUAAAAAGCAAAAGCAAAGCAUGUGAGCUUUGGAGUCUGAGAUACUUCUGGGUUCCACCUGUCAGCUGAGCGCCCCUCGCUUCCUCUCUCUGAGCCUGUUUACAACCCCUAUCUUGCAGGUCCCGUGGAAACCAGAUGAGUGAGGCAGAUUCUGCCCUGAGGCAGGACCUGGGUGGAGAGGUGGUAGUAGGUGCCCUGUUCUGAGAGCAGGUUGGGUGAGGCCUGCCCUGUGGGAUUCUGGCACCCCAGCUCUCCUCCAGGCCAGGAGGGAGGCAGCUUGUAACCAAGUCCUCAUAGGGACUCUCAAGGAAGCCUGGUCUUGGGCCUGAGGGGAGCCCUUAAUGAGACUGUUAGCACCUCGGUGCUACCCUGUAUGGCAGGUGUGUGAUAUGCGUUAAGGCCUCCUGGCUCCUGCAGAGGAGCUGGCUCCAUCUAGGCCUCCUGGCUCCUACCUGGUUUCCCAGUUCAUCGUCUCAGGAUCUCGAUGAAGUCGGGUGGCCUCACGUCCACGCCAGGGACUGAAACACAAGGCUAGUGAGGGAACCAGCUGCCAGACACACCAAGGGCAGCCCGUUGCCACUCGGUUUCCUCUGGUGCAAACAGUGAAGGGCCUGCCUGCAGAAUUAAUGUGAGGCUUAAGGUGCAUUAGACACAUUUACCCCCUGCCACCUGCACCCUGGCUUGGCUGACGGCACCCACCCCUGUCCCUCUUGGGACUGAGAGCCCAGCUGUCCUCCUCCACAGCCCUGACAUCCUGGACCCAAGCACCGAAUGGCCCAGCCUCCAGCUCAGGCCAGUGGGGAAGCACAGUAGCACCAGAUGCCUUCAAAAGGCAGGGCACAUUCUCUGGGCCUGGAACCACAGCUGUCCAGCAGGGUUCCUGAAGGACCCAGCACCGGCCCCUGGGGGAGGAGCCUGAGUCCUUGUCCCAGUUGAACUGCUGACUCCCGCAUCCUGGCCUGUGGAACCGUCUCAGCCUUCGGCUUCUUCAAACGUCUGCAGAGUGCGCCUGGGUGGCUUCCUUCGAAGGACCCAGCUCUAUGAGAUGCCCUGGGAUUCUGGAACCUCCAAGUCCCCACCCCUUGAAGCAGCAGUAGCCCUGGAAGAGGGAGAGGGAGGCUGACACCCCUAGUUUGUCACUACCUCCCUGGGAUCUCUAGCCUGGGGUGAGGGUUAAACUCUGAAGGCGAGAUCCCUGGGCUGAGGCCAGAUGUUUGUUCUGCAGCUGCCUCUGUGCAAUUCUCCUGCCUCCUUGGGGUGUUGGCUGUGCGGGAGGGAAGCAGCCUGACUUGCCCUCACUAGGCCUGGGACUUUGGGAAGGCAGGUUUCCCAUUUGUAAAAUGGAAUAAAAUAAGCCCAUAGCAUCUAAGAUUCCCAAGUUCCUCUAAGUCUUCUAAGAAGCACUGGGGAUGCAGGGCAAAUAGGAACUUUUUUUUUUUUUUUUUUGGCUUUUUAGGCCUGCACCUGCCCAGGCUAGGGGUCGAAUCUGAGCUACAGCUGCCAGCCUUCACCACAGCCAUAGCAAUGGAGGAUCCAAGCCGAAUCUGCAACCUACACCACAGCUCAUGGCAACACUAGAUCCCUGACCCACUGAGUUUGGCCGGGGAUCGAACCUUCAUCCUCAUGGAUACUAACAGGUACCGCUGAGCCACAGCAGGAACUCCCGGAACACUCAUCUUACAGAUAAGCGGGGCAGGGGGGAGGGGUGGGGGUUGGAGAGGCAGGUGCUACAGCACCAAGCACCAGUGGUUGAAAGCACCAGUGGGGACAGUAGGGCCACAUGCUGACUGCAGGCUGCUCCUUCGCUGGCCCCCUCGGCCCUGGCCUGGUCUGGGAGGACAUGUGGACCAGAGGCCCUCCGUGCAGAUUGGGCUGCUGAGGGAGAUGGGUCACACCUCCCUUUCCAAGGGGCUCCUCCCUGCCCACCAGGUGCCAUCACGGUCCUAGGACCACGACCUCUGGUAACAGAGAGAGAGGAGACAGCAACAUUGAGCUGGUUUUAUGGGUGAUGUGCUAACUGGGCUGGGUGGGGCAGGAUGAGGAGUUGGGCUAAACUUUUC